CACCAGCUGACGCUGCAGGUGUUGGACUUCGUGCAGGACCCCUGCUUUGCCCAGGGAGAUGGACUCAUCAAGCUCUACGAGAACUUCAUCAGCGAGUUCGAGCACAGGGUGAACCCCCUGUCCCUGGUGGAGAUCAUCCUGCACGUGGUUCGGCAGAUGACGGAUCCCAAUGUGGCCCUUACUUUUCUGGAAAAGACUCGAGAAAAGGUGAAGAGCAGUGAUGAGGCUGUCAUUCUGUGCAAGACAGCCAUCGGGGCCCUCAAGCUGAACAUCGGGGACCUGCAGGUCACCAAGGAGACCAUCGAGGAGGUGGAGGAGAUGCUGAACAACCUCCCUGGGGUGACCUCCGUGCACAGCCGGUUCUAUGACUUCUCCAGCAAGUACCACCAGACCGUGGGGAACCACGCCUGCUACUACAAGGACGCUCUGCGCUUCCUGGGCUGCAUCGACGUCAAGGACCUGCCAGUCUCAGAGCAGCAGGAAAGGGCCUUUACCCUGGGCCUGGCGGGGCUCCUGGGGGAAGGUGUCUAUAACUUUGGGGAGCUGCUGAUGCACCCGGUGCUGGAGUCGCUGCGGGGCACGGAGCGGCAGUGGCUGAUCGACACCCUCUACGCCUUCAACAGCGGCAACGUCGAGACCUUCCAGGGCCUCAGGUCGUCCUGGGGCCAGCAGCCAGACCUGGCUGCAAACGAGGCACUUCUGCUGCAGAAGAUUCAGCUGUUGUGUCUUAUGGAGAUGACUUUCACCCGGCCUGCCAACCACAGGCAGCUCAGCUUUGAGGAGAUUGCCCAGAGUGCCAAAGUCACCGUGAACGAGGUGGAGCUGCUGGUGAUGAAGGCACUGUCAGUGGGGCUGGUGAAGGGCAGCAUUGAUGAAGUGGACAAGAAGGUGCACAUGACAUGGGUCCAACCACGUGUGCUGGAUUUGCAACAGAUCAAGGGGAUGAAGGACCGCCUGGAGUUCUGGUGCACGGAUGUGAGGAGCAUGGAGAUGCUGGUGGAGCACCAAGCUCAUGACAUCCUGACCUAG